CAAUGUAUUUUGAGGAAACUUCUCGCUGCAGCGAGGAUAUAAGUAACAUAUACAGUAAUGCGGAGACAGUAUCUUUAAGGGAUGGAGACUCUUUUAAAAAUUUUGAAGAAGCUGAAGCUCAUAUAUGGCAUUUUGCUAAGCAUAAAGGGUUUAAGGUACAACUUGGGCAUUUGAAAACAGUAAAUAUGGCAGAAAAUAAAAAGGCAACUCGAAAACCGACUAUUCUUUACAAGCACUUAGGUUUAUUUAAACCAAAAAAUAGUGCAAGGCAAAGUACUUCGACCUGUAUAAUAUGUCCAUGGCAUAUUAACCUUUCACGUCCUUUAAGAGAUAAUUCUGGUUUUCGCUUUACUGAAGAAAUGCGGCAAGAAGUUGAAUUUCUGGUUACUAAGUGCCAGCUUGGCGCAACCAUGGUGCAAUGUAUCUUAAAGAAAAAAUUUUCAUCUCAUCUUCUGUUUUCUAAGGAUCUUUACAUUAAAAUACAACGGUAUCAACCAUCAAAUAAUGAAGAUGAAACUAAUAUAUUAACAAAUUUGUUUUGGAUGAGUCCAGAACAAAUUUUGUUAUGGUAUGAGUUUGGUGAGUCAAUUGGUCAUGAUAACACAGUGGGUACCAAUAGAUACAACAUGCUACUUUCUUUGUUUGUAGCUCAGGAUGAUAAUAUGCAAUCUUGUAUCAUCACUCAGGCUUUUGAGCAACUUAUAAGUUUUCCUAAUGCAAGGUUGUAUCUUGAACAUUACCUUUAUGAAUAUCAGUUUUCAUGGGCAUGUGCUUUUACUGCGACGGCAUUUACACUAGGAAUUCAAUCUACGUCUUUCGUCAAAAGUCAAAAUGUAUACAUCAAGAGAGUAUUAGAAAGCAGUAAUACAUCUUUGUGUGAGUUGAAUAAAGUACUGAUAGAACGAAAUAUUGAGAAGCAAAAACAAAAGCAAUUUGAAGAAUGGAAACAGAAUACUCCUUCUUCAACAAAUGUUGUUACUAUUUUUCCUGCUAUUUAA